CCCCACUUGUUUGCGAGACACGUUCAUAAAUCGAAACCAAUAUUGUUAUAUGAAGUUAGUACGACGUUGGGCCCUAACAAAGUUAGAGCGUCGAAUGUUUUGUUUGCAAAAUAAUAGAAAGUGCGUUCAUUUUCAUUGUACAUACAUCUUUUCUUUUCUUUUCUUCUCUCUUCUUUUUACAAAAAUCUUCUAAUUAGUCGAUGGUUGUUUUGAGAAAUUCUCGUCGAGGCUGUAUGAAGUUUGAAACAUUGAAACAAAGUCGAGAGUUCCUGUGGGUCAAGGAAUUUCAACAUUUCAAAAUCAAGAUCUUUGAAGAAAGUGCAACAACGAGAAGUGUUAAAAGGAGGUUAGCGGAUUUGCUUUUCGAAAUUUGCAAAGAUUGCGAGAGAAUGGCCGCUAUUCCGCAGGGUGCAUUUGCAGCGUGCAAAGUCCGCCGCAAUUUAGAACGCAAUGCUAUGAUAACACCACCGAUAGAGGAGAGGGAAAAAGCGGGUAAAGAAAACACAUUCAAUAUGAGACCCCCUUCGGAAGGCCGAGAGCUUACACCGCUAAAAUAUAACAGCAAAUUAAUGAACAGCAUCUGGGGACUUUACAACCGUUAUUCGGUACAUAAUUUCAAGAAAAACAAUUCUAAUGAUGGGGUGUUUGGUAAGUUCGCGGCGAUUUGGGAGACUAUUUCUCAUAGCCAUGCAUAUGCCGCGAACUCGGUAAUUACAACUGCAGUUACCAACAAUAACUCUCAAAUUAUACAAAAGAGAUGAACAGUAUCUGAUGAUUUGAUGAUCUGAUAUAUGUAAUAUCGAUUGUUAAUUCAACUGUAAUAAUUAAAGGAAAUUUAAAUACUAUAUAUGACUUACGAUUAUAGAGAAUUGCAACAGUAUUGCAUAUUCUUUUUACAACUUUUUUAAUUGUACGUAGAUAAAUAAAAUAUUUUUCCUGGCAACUAUGGUGCAAUUUAUCAAAUUUUAAUUUGGUACAUAAUGGUAAAGAUUUCUACAUGUAAUUUUAAAAAGACUGUUGUAAUAUUUUGUUUAACUGUUAAAAUAUAGUGAUGUAUGAUAAAUAUAUAAAUAUAGAUAAAAUAUAGAUUUUUAUAAAAAAUAGAAAUAUAUCUAUAUAUAGAUUUUGUAUAUUAUUACUUAAAUAUUAUAUUGUUUUGUAUAUAUAUAUUUUGUAUAUUAUUACUUAAAUAUUAUAUUGUUUUAUAUUGUUAUCUAAUAAAUUGCAACUCACAAACGUGUAUGAAACUA